UCCACCCAGCAGCGGAUAGAGAAGACGCAGUCAGACCGACGCUCGUCCCCUCAUCUAAGCAUAUGGCAAAAACAGCCCUCUUUCUUUCUUAUAUCGUUGUGCCCACUACUCUUUAAAAAUUCCGCCGAAAAAGAGAAGACGAUUUUCCAAAACAUUCUGGCCGUUAUCUCACGGCUCCCCUGUCUCUGCACAGGUGUAUGAGCGCUACCCAGAGGGCCUAGGGGCGGCUCUUUACCGGGAGCACUUUGACUUCAACGCUGAGCCACCUUGGGAUCCUAGCUGAUAGCGGGACAGGUCCAUCUCCUGACUUGUCCAUUUUGUUGCAUACCGGCAGGACCCCAUUGGCUCAGUGGUGACCCCUUGACUUGCUUAUCUGUUCUUUAUGAUUGUCGGCUUAGCGGAAUACGGUUGAGAUGAAAGGACUCGCUGACAAACCCAGCUACGUUAUUGAACUCCUGGAGGGAGGAGUAACCCUUGAAGAUGUCAUCAACGGACACAUCUGCGAGCAGGCUCUGGUGGAGAAGAAUGCAUUUGUGGUGGGGGACCUUGGUGCCCUGAUGCGGCAGCAUGUGUGCUGGCAGAACGUAGUACCACAGCUGCAGCCCUACUACCCAGUCAAGUGCAACAGCAGCCCGGCAGUCAUCGAAGUACUUGCCUCCUUGGGACUGGGCUUCGUUUGUGCUAACAAGGCUGAAGUAAGCCUGGUGCUGGAGCACGGCGUGCUACCAGAAAACAUCAUUCUGUCGGGCGUUUGCAAGCAGCUGGCACACAUCAAGCACGCUGCCAAGAACAACAUCCAGCAUCUUGUGUGCGAAAGCGAGGCAGAGUUGUCCAAAAUUUCCCGCCUGCACCCUAAUGCAAAGUUGCUGCUGCAGCUGACCACCCAGGCCCAUGCAGCUGAGACCAGCAUGUCGUUCGGCUUCUCUUUGAAGAGCUGCCGGCACCUGCUGGAAGCAGCCAAGGAGCUGGGAGUCCAGGUGGUGGGGGUGACGUUCCACAUCCCCAGCUCCUGCCAAGAUCUGCAAGAAGCCUACACUCAUGCAUUAUCAGAUGCCCGCUGUGUGUUUGACAUGGGGGUGGAUCUGGGCUUUAACAUGAACAUCCUGGACAUUGGUGGUGGAUUCACUGGCUCAGAGUUUCAGCUUAAACAGGUUGAGUCUGCAGUCAGGCCACUGCUGGAUGCUUACUUCAGCCCACUGUCCGGGGUGCAAGUGUUUGCCCAGCCAGGCAACUUCUACGUGGCCUCAGCUUUCAGCCUGGCUGUCAACGUGAUCGGCAAAAAGGUGGUGACGGACCACUGGGACAGCCUAGCUCAAGAUGAGAACAAUGAAGAUACUGAGUUCCUGUACUACAUGAAUGAGGGUGUUUAUGGGCCUUUCAGCCGCAAGCUGCUGGGAAACUCCAUUGCUGCCCCAUCAGUUCAUAAGCAUGUGCUGUGUGCUGAGGAGGCAGUGUAUCCUAGCAGCCUGUGGGGCCCAUCACUGGACCAGCUGGACCAUGUGGUGGAGCGCUGCCUGCUCCCUGAGCUCAGUGUAGGAGACUGGCUUCUCUUCUCCAACAUGGGAGGGUGCAGCCUGGAAGAGUUCAACUCGUCCCGGCUGCCCAUCUACUACACUGUCUCCACCUCUGACUGGUACGAAAUGCAGGAGGCCGGUGUGGCACUGGACAGUGCCGUGAAGAAUUUCUCCAUGGUCCAGUACAGUGCGUAACUACCCUCUGCCCCUGUCCCUUAUUAUAUUGCACAGAUCCUCCUUAGCCUCUGCUCUCACAAUGUGAGAGUAGCGGUCAGUGAGGUAUUCGGGACAAGGGGCUAAAUGUGGUCAACAUUCCAGCCACCUUGGAAAAUGCAGUGUCCUAUUAUUUCUUCCAGGAAUUUGACUUUUUUUUUUUACGUCUCAACAUUGAAAAAUUGGUUUGUUCGAUACCUCAGUAGUCUGAAAUUUAAUCUUGAAGGUCUUCAGUUUUGCUCCUCCCUCUGAUGGACUCUAUGAAUCUGUCAGCUAAAAGAACUGCAGCCCAGGCUCAAAUGACAUUAUGCAACAAAAUGGACGACUCUUUGGAGAUGGGACCCCCCAGACACGUUUGGGGCGGUUUGUUUCCUAAAUCAAAUCCAGUUUACAAAAUGUACAAUUGAUUUAAAACAUCUUCUCUAUUAAUUACCUGUUGACAGUCUUGUAAAUGCUUUGUCUGUUCAACACCAAUACAUUCUGUCUGUAGAUGAUUUUUGAAGUGUUUCAAAGGAUCUUUGCCUCAUGUGGAUUCUGUACUUAAGACCCCUCACUUUGCAUAGUUUAAAUUAAAUUACAACAAUGAUGUAACCUCUUUCUUUAUUGCAGCUCACCUCAAUGCAUUUUUAUUUAUUGGAUUCAGAUAUUACUGGGGCAUAUUUUAAGCUCCAUCUUUAAGUGUGUUUUGCCCAGGUAUUAUGCUGUGGCCCAUCUAACAGUGUUUUCCUGAUAAGAUAUUGAUGUGUUUUUUAACACUACAUGGAUUAAGUGUGCUGUGAUUGCCAUUUGUGACCUCGGUGGUUUCCCUUUACUCGAAAGGCAUGAUACACCUUAACGCACUCCUUGCCUCUAAUAGAAAGAGGUUCAUCUGGUUUUAAUGUGCACAAAUCUUUUGUAGGUUAAAGAAAUACUGUGACAUUUAACAAUGCAGCCCUGAUUUUUCAGAUCUUCAAAUUGUAUUGUCAAGGGAUUGGUCCUUGUUGUCCUAGAUCUGAAAAACCAGCAAAGGAACUAUUUCUAAAUAGUCUCAAACAUAAAUUAUCUGUAAGUGGCAGAUGUGGACUUAGCAUGUCUUUCAAGUGAAAGACAUGCUAGUUGUACACAGCCCUCUCUGAGGCAGUGCAAAUGACAUGCCAGACUUUUCCUCAUGCCUCUCUAUAGUUAUGAGGUAAAUAAUGCACAGUCUUAUGUAAAGUUCAAUGUCUCAUGUCAAACAACAUUAAAGAUGACCUGACUUAACUGCAGUUUUUAAAGAAUCCUGCCCUCGUGUGUUACAAAUGACUAAUGUGUUAAUUACUUGCUUGUCUAAGGCACUAAUGGACCAUAGCCUGUUUUUGACUGUAAAUUGUGCUUGUUAAAGUAAUGAAAGUGAUUAAUUUAAUACAUUUCUGACUGAAAUCAUC